CAGAACCCAUGCAAGUGGGUCGUACUCGCCUCUCCGCAUCUGAGAGGGAGCGCAGAAGGAGGGACAAGUGCUGCAUCUACUGUGGCAAGCCUGGUCACUUCCGAGCAUCAUGUCCCGAACUCUUGGGAAAAGGACCGCCCCGUCCAGCCGAGGGAGGGUUGUGACGGGGCCUACCCUCUCUCCCGGACUCCCUGGCCAAGGAAUCUACAUCCCGGUCUCCAUCUCCUGGGGUGAGUCUGUCCACUCUUGUCAAGCUUUGAUAGACUCAGGGGCGGCUGGGAACUUUAUGGAUAUUCACUUCGCCCAAAGCAUCAAUAUUCCGACUGCACCUCUUGAAGUCCCACUGUCUGUGUCUGCCCUCGAUGGCCAAGCGUUAGGUGAUGGAAGAGUCACCCAAGUUACUUCUCCUGUUUUCCUCCAGUCUCAAGGUCACAAGGAAGAAAUAUCCCUGCACCUGAUUCCUUCACCUGAGUUCCCAGUUAUUCUAGGCCUUCCUUGGCUUACUCGCCACAACCCUCGCAUAGACUGGGUAACAAGCCAGGUUGUGGAAUGGGGCCCUGCAUGCCAUGCCUCUUGUCUGCUCUCUAGCUCUCCUGUGUCUCCUGCCGAGCCCCCUGAUCUCACCGAGUUAUCUCAAGUUCCCACAGAGUACUGGGAUCUCAAGGAGGUAUUCAGCAAGAGCAGGGCCGCCGUUCUUCCUCCGCACCGGGCCUACGACUGUGCCAUCGACUUGCUCCCUGGGACUACCCCUCCUCGUGGCAGACUGUUUUCACUCUCUCAGCCAGAACGCAAGGCCAUGGAGGAAUACCUCAAAGAUGCCCUGGUCUCUGGGUUUAUUCGACCCUCCACUUCACCUGCUGGAGCCGGCUUCUUCUUUGUCGGCAAGAAGGAUGGGGGGCUCCGACCAUGUAUUGAUUACAGGGGCCUGAAUAAGAUCACUGUGCGCAACCGAUAUCCCCUUCCGCUGAUGUCCACAGCUUUCGACCUGCUCCAAGGCGCCACCGUCUUCACCAAGUUGGACCUACGGAACGCAUACCACCUCAUCCGUAUCCGACAGGGAGACGAGUGGAAGACUGCCUUUAACACCCCGUCUGGGCACUACGAAUACCAGGUGAUGCCCUUCGGACUCACCAACGCACCAGCUGUUUUUCAGGCCCUAAUCAACGACGUCUUAAGGGACAUGAUUAACCUAUACGUUUUUGUCUACCUCGACGACAUCCUUAUCUUUUCCAAGACCGUGCAGGAGCACCGCCACCAUGUCCGCCAGGUUCUCCAGAGGCUGCUACAGAACAAUCUGUUCGCCAAGGCCCAGAAAUGCGAAUUUCAUGUUCCCGAGGUCUCCUUUCUGGGAUUUAUUGUACGGACAGGCCAACUCCAAAUGGACCCUGCCAAGACCCUGGCCGUCCGGGAUUGGCCUACUCCCAAGUCCGUUAAGGAGGUUCAGCGGUUCUUAGGAUUCGCUAACUUAUCCAUCAGAGUGGUCCUGUCAGGCCAGGCCUCAGAACCCUACUCCAUCAAUGCCUCAGUACCUCAAGGAUCGAUCCUCGGCCCUCUCCUCUUCUCCAUCUUCAUCGACAACUUGGUUGAUGUAUGUGAGAAUGAGAUGUACACAUACCCUGAUGACUUAACCCUGUAUGGACACAUCAGAUCUCCAGCAGACAAGGCCAAAGUGGAGGCAAGCCUGAACCAGGAUCUCCAACAAAUCGCCAUCUGGGGAGACCAGUGGAAGACGACUUUCGAGCCAUCAAAGUGUAAGUUUGUUAUACUCUCAAGAAAGAGGACUCCAUCUGCACUGGACCUGCACUUCAAUGGUCACCAGUUGACCAUGGCCAAUGAGUUGGACAUCUUGGGGGUCACAAUAGACAAGAAGCUGUCCUGGUUGAAACAUCUGAACAAAAUCUCCAUACGGGCAGGUCAGAAACUGGCAGCGCUGAGGAGAGUGGCCAGUAAACUCACCACGGAGAGCCGAGCAACUGUCUACAAGCUACAGGUACACAGUGUCAUGGAAUACGCCUCACUCAGCUGGAUGAGUGCCUCACCAACACAUCUUGGCCUACUCGACAACAUUCAGAAGAAGGUCCUAAAGAUUAUAGGGGUGGACCAGGACACUGCCAGCACAAAACACUCCAUCUCCAGCCUUGGCCAUAGAAGACAGGUUGCUGCUACUACAGUCCUGUUCAAAAUGCACACCCGCCACUGCCCUACGGAUCUCCGGGAUAUGCUCCCCCCACCAUACCCUACACGGCGAACCACCUGCCUUUGCACAGCUAUGCCAGAUCAUGCCCUGGACCUCCCAGCCUCUAAUACUCGCACCCUGGACAGAACCUUCCUCCACACUGCUGUCCGGGUAUGGAAUAGCCUUCCAGAACAUGUAGUUGGACCCAUAGACACUGGCCCCCAGGCCUUUAAAUGCAGGGUCCACAGGCAUCUUCUGACCACUCCUCCCACUACCAGAUGA